AUGACUAGUGUAUCUCAGUCUGAAACAAAAAAUGAGAAUAAUUCACUCACCCAAUCUCCUUCAGGCACUCCUGAAAGACAACAAACUCUGGACCAAAAAAAAGAUCAAAACAAAACAGAUAAGCCAAAAAAAGUUAGGUCAAUUGUAAGAAUAUCUAAAUUAGAAGAUACAGUAGAUAAAACUUCAUCAAAAGAUAUCCUAACUACAGAGCCAUUUAUUGACCGUAAAACUAUAGAACUUCACCAAAUUGAUAUUUUGAAUGAUAAAGAAGAAGACCUUCAACUAGUUCGACAACGGCUGAGUAGUGUUUCUUUUAUUGGAAGAAAAACAGAGAAUGGGAAUGGAGAUAUAAAUACUUCUACUCUAUCAGAUCAAGGAAAGACCACUUUGAUUCUUUAUGAUGAUUCUUGUUUUCUUCCAGAAGAAGAAGACAGUAAAAAGCCAAAAGAAAGACACUCAUGUAUUGAAGUCUUUGGUAAUGAAGAAGAAGAACCAGAAAAGUUAGACGAAGAAGAGUUAAAGAGAAAAAGAAAAAAAGAGAUUGAAGAGUUCAAACUCUUUUCAGCAAAGAGGAAGCUGUAA